CCUAAUGUUUGCAAGUCUACAUGCUGUCCAGGCUGGCAACUGAAUGCAUAUACAGGAAGAUGCACAAUACCCAUAUGUCAGCCACCUUGCCAAAAUGGAGGUCGAUGUCUCCGACCAGGCACUUGCGUUUGCCCGACUGGCUUUGCAGGAACCUACUGCCAGUAUCAGGCCUAUGUCCGAACAGGGUCGGGUUCUUCAAGCACCCUCCAUGCCAGUUCGUCGGGGUCCGUUAGACCAGGAACCGGUAGCUACAGUAGGAUAACUUCGAGUACGUCCACCAGACCCAUCGCUGGAAGCAGUACUGCCACCUUCAGCAUCAGACCUGGGUCCUCUUCAAGUUCAAGGACGUAUAUUUCAAGAGUUAGACCUGGAACAGCCACUUCUGGAUCCAGGACUUACGCUGUUACGUAUACGACGGGUGCUCGAGGUAACGUAGUAUCAACAAACGGUCAGCGACCCUACACGUCAUCGCACCUAUCGCCUUCAUCCUCGGGGUCGUCGUCGUACUCGACAGGCGCUGUUAGUCUGCCGUCGUCCCACACCCUGGCACGUUUCACUAUGAGGGGUCCGUGCUUCCGACGAGUGAGCUCCUCGCAUUGUAUGGCUCCAUUGAGUGACGUCACUACCCUUCACGAUGAUUGCUGCUCUUCCGUUGGGCAGGGGUGGGGUAAUGGAUGUUACGCCUGUCCGCAGAUGUUAGGGCAGGAACUGCAUUGUCCCCGUGGAUUCAAGAAAUCGCCGGAUACUGGAAAGUGUAUCGAUGUGGAUGAAUGCACUGCAUUUGACAACAUCUGCAUGCACGGUGCUUGUCUGAACUCACAGGGUAGCUACAGGUGUCGUUGUGAUGAGGGCUACAUGUCGGAUACAUCAGGAACGCAGUGUGUAGUUUCCGUGAAACAGAUGUGCUACACCCGGGUAAUCAAUGGACAAUGUUACGGAGGCAGUGGAUCUCGGAUGCCCACCACUCAGAUGCAAUGUUGCUGUAGUUUAGGAGCUGCUUGGGGUUCUUCAUGCGAACGAUGUCCACAACACGGCUCUUCUGAGUUCCGUGCUAUGUGCCCACAAGGUACAGGGUACCAUUAUAAGCCGUCCAACGGAUAUAAUCACGUCAGUGCUAUCGUCAGUUCCGGGAAUCCUCGCCCAACACAGAAUGUGGACCCGUGUGCCUCGAAUGCCCGACUGUGCCUCAAUGGACAGUGCAUUAAUACUGGGAAUGGAGCUUAUAGGUGUGAGUGUGGCAGGGGAUUUCAUCUCAGCUCAAGGGGGAGCCAGUGUAUCGAUGUGAAUGAAUGCAGUGACUCCAGGGGUAUCUGCAAUGGUGGACGAUGUCUUAACACGUAUGGUAGCUACCAUUGUAUCUGUUCACAGGCUAGAGGACUGGUUUUGAGAGAUGGAACCUGUAAAGAUAUCGAUGAAUGUACUGUUAGAAAUGUGAACCCAUGUGGAGAGUAUGUAUGUCAAAAUACAUUAGGAAGCUACCACUGCUUGAGAACUGAAUGCAGUGAUGGUUACAGAUAUGAUUUGACUCAUCAAAGAUGUGUCGACGUGAAUGAGUGCUCAGAUGAGACCGCAUGUGAGCAUGGACAGUGUAUCAACAUAGAGGGCUCUUUCCGCUGUCGAUGUCCGCAAGGAUUUACCACGAAUCCAACGCAAACAGACUGCAUAGACAUCGAUGAGUGUGGACAGGCCCGAGACACACCCCUGUGUGGUGAAGAGGCCAUCUGUGUGAAUGAAGUAGGUGAUUAUAGGUGUGUUUGCACUGGGGAUACUGUGUAUGACAGUGAAUCAAGAACUUGCCAAGAGCCUGCAGCACAGGGCACACCAGAAAUAGUUGAAGUGGAGAGGAAGGAUUGCUAUGGCAGUAUCAGUGAUAUAAACUUCUGUUCCAAUGUGCUUGGUUCUAAUAUCACUCAACAAGAAUGUUGCUGCACUGUUGGGGCUGGGUGGGGCGAUGACUGUGACCUCAUCGUCUGCCCCUCACAAGGCACUCUUGCAUACAAUGAGACAUGUCCCGUUGGUAAAGGCAAACAUGUUAUCACACAGAGAAGACCAAUAGAAACUAUCAAUAUACCAGACACUUAUCCUGAAGCAGCUGCGCAUCCAUCAGCAGGACAAGAAGCUAGCAUCUCAGGCAUAAAUGAAUGUGAAAUCUUCCCAGAGAUUUGUGGGGCUGCGACUUGUGUGGACAAAGAAAUAUUGUUUGACUGUAAUUGCCCUGAGGGCUACAAGUUUGAUGAUGGUAGCAAGACCUGCACAGUUUAUGACUACUGCUUUGUAUACCAAGGAAUUUGUGGAAAUGGAACUUGUGAAAAUACAGAGAGCAGCUACAACUGCAAAUGCCCCGGAAGUUAUGAAUUUGACACUAGCCUUCGAAGAUGCAUAUUGGUGAACCAUUGUGAAUCAGCUGCUGAUAUUUGUGGAAAUGGGACAUGUACGAGCACAGAGAGAGGUCCAGUGUGUAGCUGUCCGGAAGGUUAUCAGUUCAUACCAUCACGAAGGUCGUGCCAAGUCCAGGAUUAUUGUUUUGUAUACAACGGUGUUUGUGGGAACGGAACAUGUGUGAACAGAGCUGAUGGGUAUGACUGCCGUUGCCCAGAAGGACAGAGGUUCAGUGAAAGCACCAGUACUUGUGAAGUUACCAAUUUCUGUGUUGUGCUAAGUGGUAUAUGUGGCAAUGGAACAUGCAUCCCAUCUUUGAAUGGAUACACUUGUAGAUGUCCAAGUGGGUUCCAGUUUGACAGUGAUGCUGGCUACUGUGAAGACAUUGAUCUCUGUGUUGAUCACUCCGAUCUAUGUGGCAAUGGUACAUGUGUGGAUCAGGGUCAGAACUUCAUCUGCAUCUGUCCCGAAGGAUUUGAAUUCUCCAAUACCAAAGUCUGCAUAGAUAUCAAUGAAUGUACAACAUCAUCUCAUUCAUGUGGUUUGGAAGCAUCAUGUGUAAACACACACGGCAGUCAUCAUUGUGCGUGUCAGGCUGGCUUUGAGUUUGAUCCAAUAACAAGGACAUGUGAUGAUAUCAAUGAGUGUAGGAUAUCACCUGAUGUAUGUGGUAAUGCAACCUGUACUAAUACAGAGGGUAGUUAUAGAUGCUCAUGUGACUUUGGCUACAUGUACAACUCAACUCUUGGCAUGUGUAUAGACACCAAUGAAUGUGCAGUGUAUAGGAGUAUCUGCAGUAAUGGCACCUGUAUGAACACACAAGGCAGUUAUAGAUGUGUAUGCCCUAGAGGAUAUGAAUAUAUCAGCGGCAAUGGCAAUGGAUGCUUAGAUAUCAAUGAAUGUACCUCUGCACCUGGGCGAUGUGGAGAUGCGGCCUGUUUUAACAGAGAGGGUAGCUUCUUAUGUAGAUGCAACCCUGGAUAUGACUUUGAUGAGCAGGAUCGGACGUGUGUCGAUAUUAAUGAGUGUUUCCUGUUAGAAGAGAUAUGCGGCAAUGGUCAAUGUGAGAACAGUGCAGGAUCCUUCAGGUGUAUAUGUCCCGAUGGAGCCAACUUUGAUGAAGCCAGAAGACAAUGCAUAGCAUUAGAGAGCCACACAACAUCGCGUGAUCCUGAGGCGAUAGAGGCUGAUAGAUGCUCAUCUCUUUGUGGCAAUGCUUCAUGUGCUACGGAUGCUAGCGGCCCUGUGUGUACUUGCGAACCAGGAUAUCAGUUUGAUGCUGCCAGCAAGUCAUGCGUUGAUCUUGAUGAAUGUGAAAGGAGCCCUGAGAUUUGUGGAACUGCUACCUGCCAGAAUAGAAUAGGAGGUUAUACAUGCUCGUGUCCUGAAGGAUUUAUCUACAAGAAAAAGAAGAAAACAUGUGGAGAUUUGAAUGAAUGCAAGAAAUAUCGUACGCUGUGUGCUAAUGGUAGAUGCGUGAACAAAAAAGGCUAUUUUGUUUGCUUAUGUCCACCCGGCCAGCAAUUCAGCUAUAAUAGUCGCAGAUGUGUGGCUUCUGCAAGUAUGAGUGUGUGCAAUAGAAACCCGGGAAUAUGCGGAAACGCGACGUGUUCAUCAGAGGGUCACAGUAUUCGUUGCCUAUGCCCUGCAGGAUACGACUACGAUGUCUCCACCAAAGCUUGCAAAGUUAUCAGUGAGUGUGACCUGCCCAAUAGAUGCGGUGAAGGUGCUCUAUGUGAGGACACAUUGGCAGGCUAUAGAUGUGUGUGUACAGAGGGAUAUGUUUAUAACUACCAAGACAAGAGCUGCAGAGAUAUUCCACAGCCGCCCCCAGAGGCAACGGGUGGUCGGCCAGCCGUCACCCAGACAGCUCCCCCCAAUACGGGUCCAAAUGAGUGCAAUUCUAGCCCCUGUGUUAAUGGGGUAUGCGUCGAUAGACCUGAUGGUUUCAUCUGUCAGUGUGUGGAGGGCUAUCACCUUGUUGAUUCAGUUACAUGUGAAGAUAUAAAUGAGUGUGCAGCAGAUGUAAACCCAUGCAUGUAUGGAGAUUGUGUGAAUGACCCACCUGGUUCAUUCAGGUGUGAAUGCACCCUGGAAGGAUUGACACUAGACAGCACAGGCAGAAGGUGUAUUGAAAUAAUUGGGCCUGUAUCAGGAGGCGGCGGAGGAGGAGGUAGUGCCAGACCAGAAGACCCCCUAGGUCCAUGUUGGGGACGGUCUGAGCCAAACCAAGAUAUCUGUAGUAAUGUAGUCUCACAAGAGAGCACUUAUCAGCAAUGUUGCUGCAACACCGGCUUCAGCUGGGGCAAGGAGUGCUACUCAUGUCCGCUUAGAAAUAGUGAGGAAUACAGAAUGCUGUGUUUAGCUCUUUCAUUAUACAAUAAUCAAGAUGGAAGUUUUAGCCAACAAGCCGACCAACCAGUACCAGGCAUUCCUCGUUCAUAGUGCCUAGCCUUGGAUCCAUCCUAUUCUAAUUAUCAUUCAAAAACAGAGGACAGAUUUGCUGGAGUGCAUCUCACUGCCGACAUGGAUUGGUGUUAGAAAGAUUAAAUUAACCAAAAAAAUUUCCACAUAUUCAACAUUUUAGUCAACUUUAUAUUUUCUUCUCUAUUUAUGAACUUUGCCUUUUUCUGGUGUGAGUGUAGAUGUAUGUCUUGUCUUGCACUUCACAUUGGCAGUAAACACAAAUCAUUGCUAUCACUGCAAAAUUCUAUACACCGACACAAAGGCUUCUGCACUAUUAUCAGCAUGUUCACUACUUUCAUUCAUCUACAUGUAUUUAAUUAUUCAUGUGCGAAAAAAGCACUUGACGUUCUGUGAAUGUUUGUGAUAUCACGUGCUGUACAAGAAGUAUUUCACUGCUUCAGCAAGUGUUAAGCAAGUGAGAGCAAUUUUUCCAGAGCACCGUUCUAUGUGCCCUAUUUUUGGUUGCAUGGUGUCAAUGUUUGAAACACAAUUCCUUUUGAACUGUGAGUUUGUGCAUUUCUCAAGGACCAUCCAACUUGGUAUAUGCAUUAUAUAUCUCUGGAAAUAGCAAAAACCUAGGCACAUGGAAUGAUUGAAAAAAAAAAAAACUUUAGAAAUAUUGGAUGAAAGGGGAAAGUUUGGGAUGAAUAUGGAAGUUGGCAUCGUAUGAUUGCAUAAUGUUGAUUAUACAAAGUGAAGUCUUCAUCCAUAUGUGAAUCAUCCAUUUUUUUAACCUGUACUUAUUAUUCCAUUUGACAUAACUUAUUACAUAUGAAGAUAUCUGCUUUUGUAAAACUAAUAUCUCGACAAUACAAAGAGAAAAUUUUUUUUUUCUUCUGUUGUCUGAUGCUCUUUCUUUCAUGAUAAAAUGGAUUUAAAAAAAGAAAAUGCGAAGCAUAUUGCUUGUCACUAGUAUAACUUAUAUUGUUAGAGUUAUAGGGGGAGGAUAUGAUGAAGGGACAGCCUUUAUUAAAGCAUUUGUACACAUUCUAACAUGCAAAUACAGUGACAACUGAGAGUCUUGUUUCCUGGUAAGGCAAGGAAAUAAUGUUGAUCAGUGGUUGUUACGACCAUGUCAUAUUAAUUUAUAGGAAGAGGAAUUUUAGCAUAUUUAUUUUUCUUGUAAAAUAUUGUUAAAUAGUCAUUUUAAUGUCUAGUGUAAUGUAUUUGUUAUUUUUAAGAAACUGAAUGGUAUAUUCUUUGUACAUGAUUUGUGAUAUUAUUUUGUAACAACUAUCUAUUUUAGACUGUGUUGGUAAAGAAUAAGUGAAAGAAUUCUAUUUAUUGUACCAGUUCAAAGAAAGACUUCACGUGUUCGUAGCAUUUCAUUUUUAUCAAAUGACCAUAAAUUGGACUAUGUAAUACAAGAUAAUGGACUAGGAUAUAAGAAGUAUCCAGACUUAAGUUUAUUGUGACAAUAUCUGUGAAUGAACUUAUUUCAAAUUCUGUACUCUAUUGUGUAUGUGAUUAAAAACUUAUUUUAACAUGAUUGUAAGAAAUGUAUAUUAUAAUCAUAUUUUUAUGUGAUCGAAAGGGUUGUCCAGAAGCAUAUUGAAAUUCAAUUACAAAGAAGCUUUAAAAAUGUUCAUUGUUCUAUUCACUUCAUUUUUUUUAAUGUUUCCAAUGGACAUAUACCGAUGAAUUUGUGUUAAUUUUUUUCAUACGCCCGUCCUAGACGGGACAUAUUAUGGUAUCACGCUCGGUCUCCGUCCACGUGUCCAUCCGUUAACUUUUCCUUGUACACACGAUAACUUUAAUUAAACUAAAUCUAGGCUCACUUAUUAAAUUUGGUGUGUAAUAGCAUGGAUCCCAGGAAGCCUAUUGAUUUUGAGGUAAAAAGGUUAAGGUUACAGUGACAUGCUUUCAUCUUACCCUUCUUAAGUCCUUGUAAACACGAUAACUUCUGUUUGACUUAACCCAGGCUCAUAUAAUUUGGUGUGUAUGAUAAUAGCAGCAUAGAUCCUAGCAGUUCUAUUGAUUUUGAGGUCAGAAGGUGAAAGUUGAAGUCGCCACCUUCCACUUUUCUUGCUUGACCAAUAACUCCAUUUUCCACGUUACAGACGGGCGUAUUAUGUGCUCACCUUAGCAACACUCUUGUUCCCUUUAUCAGAGCUUUUUUCUCUUAAAAAUAUAUAUAUCAAUAUAAUCUAAACCAACACUAAGGUAGUGAGCUCUUUUUCCUAUCAGUUAUUUGAAAAAGAAAAAAAAACAUUGUCCCUAUCAUGACCCAUCUUACUAAGAGUUUUGAUUGAUCCAGUUUAUUCUGAACUAUGGGUUAGCCAGUGAAACAUCGUCUGGAAUGCACAUAUUUCCUCAAAGAGUUCUAUGAAUAUGGCAAGCAAAGUUGUGUAAGAGUUUAACCAAUCAUUGUGACAGUGUACACACAUCUUUGAUGAAGAAUUAAGUAUAGAUAACCUUCCAUAUUUAAGAUUGAUUGGAUCAAUCACAAAUCUUUAUUAGAUGGGGUCCAGGAAUAUUGCAUCAACUUAAUGUACAAAGUCUACAUGAGUAGCCUUUCAACAUGACCUUGUCGUAAAUGGAUUAAAACCUGCUUUGCAAUCUAAUGUAUUCUUUUUUAACCUGUAUGUUUUGCUAAAUCUAUUUCUUUCUUGCCAAAGCAUUAAACAGUUAUGAAGUAGAGUCUUUGAAUAUUGUGAAUACUCUGUAAAUGUACUUGUUUUGUGAGGUAUAAAUAAAUGGCUGUGCAAGAGA